GAUUGUAGAGUUUCUUGACCGCGACUGUAAAAAAAACGAACGUCAGAAUGAUGAAGUCGUGUUCGUGACUCAGCAUGAAUCAUGAUACCACCGAGAUUACGAGGAGAAAACCGCCAUGUUGUUGUUUCCAAACGAUACAUCUUGAUUUACGUCUUGUUCUGGGUCAAUAGCGGUUCUAGGAGGUGGUGGCCGAUAAAUACUUUGGCGUGAAUUUUUGGAGACGAGCUGUAAACUCCAAAUGAGAAUCAUGUCAAGAUUUUCUCACAUUUUCUCAUCAACGCAAUCUUUCUCCAGGUUCUCUGCAAUACAACAUGUAAUUUUGAUAUCCCGCCUCCCCGUGUUGCUUCCCCUUCUUGGUGCAACUUUGUAUCACAACACCUUUUGUCGUGUGGUCUCUGCAACAGGAGAACAAGUCUCCUCGUCAGUAGAGGACCCAUCGACUACCUCUUACGAUAUCGACGCUGAAGGCACGGCAAAAAUGUCGUCUGCAGAGGAGUUUUUCUCCUCUUUCCCGCGUGUGAUCAUCGGCUGUUGGCAGUUGCUGGAGCGGGAUCGCAACCCAGAAAAGGCGGUGGAGACGAUUGUGAGGUACCAGCAGAGUGGUUUCCACUAUUUCGACACCGCAGACAUCUACGGACCUAGCGAAGAACUUCUUGGGCAUGCGAGGGCUGUACUGGAGGAUGCUGUUCUCGAACAACAAAAGACAGGUACCGAAAAUAACAGCACAGGAGAAGGUGCAGUAGCUCCGUUUCAUGUUUUCACCAAGUACGUCCCAUCGAAUAUCAGGGAGAGCGCGGAUCGCAUUAAUACGCAGAGUCGCAAAGCGCUUUUUGUUAUGGGAGUCAAUGGAUUACCUACUAGCUUGGGUCUUUUAAUUGACUGACUCUGACACAGACUCAAUUAUAAUUUUUCAAAACCGUGAGCUCAACCUUGAAGGAUGUUCUAGUACCGUAAUUCUCUUCCUCUAGUACCGUAAUUCUCGUCCUCUAAAUACUCAUUUUCAGUUCUUUCCUAAAUUAGCUUUCAAGAUGAACCUCUAAGUCCUGAAAAAGCAAGAUCAAGGGCACGCAUGCAGAAAAUUUGCCUCCACUGGAGUUGGUCCAGUUUCAUUGGUGGGACUUCGACGAUGGCGGUCACAUAGCACAUGCGAAGGAAUUGAUGCGGUUGCAAGGUUAUGGUCAAACGUAGAAAGUAGUGUAGCGCUACCAGCUGUAGGUCGUAGUCGUGUUUUUGGCUCUUCAGUAGCCACUGAAGUCUUCUGGUUUAUCUAGUGGACACACACCUAACCUAACCUAACGACUUUGUCCUGAUCAUGAGAAUGAACUUCUCAGUCGAUCAGAAUAUAGCUAUAGUUGUAGGGGGACUAUCUAUGCCUAUAAAUGUAUCAGCACAAAAAGCAUCUUCUACGUCUAAUGUCAGCAGCAAAAGAUCCGCCAUUUGGCUGUGACGAAUUUCGAUGUAAAGCAUCUGCAGCAGUUGAUAGACGUCCAGUAUCCGGUGACGGUGAAUCAGGUGCAGUUUUUUCGAAUAAUGCUUUGCUUUGUUCUUUCAAGCUUUUUAUUUCCACUAGGAAUUAUGACGCGAUAAUUUUGCGAAUAGUUGUCUUGUACAAUCACAACAAGUAGAGAAAACUGCACCUGAUUCACCGUCACCGGAUACUGGACGUCUAUCAAACGGUGAAUCAGGUGCAGUUUUCUCUCCUUGACCGACGAGCGGAAAACGGCAUGCUGCAGCUUGCCAAGAAGCAGAAAUUCAAACUUUAUGCUGCGGUUUUGAUUUUGUUGCGAAAAUUCGGGUUAGUUUUAAAUCGCACGGACUGGUUAGACAGGCGAGAAUGCUAUCUCACGUGAUCAUCAGGAAGAGGAUCAUAUCUUCUUUAUGAUGUGGUAGUGUACCCGUACCUGCGAAGAUCAUGUAGUACUUACUUAAACCGAUGUAGACACCUCAUCUAACGGCUCGCUUGUUUUGGCAGCGUUGCAGGUGGCUGGUUGAGUGAGAAAUACCUCAACAUGCCAGAGGAUCCGAUGUCUCAACGCAGUUUUCGCAGUGGUGCUACAAUUUCUCUGCAGAUGUAUAGGAGUAGUCUGGAUUCUUGGGGUGACUGGAAGCUGUUUCAAGAACUGCUGUCGACCUUGGAUAUGGUGGCAAAGAAAUACGAAAAUUAUGACCUUGGAUACAUUUAGGGUUGGGUUUAGGGUUUAGGGUCGGGUUUAGGGUUUAGGGUUGGAGAGCAAUCAAUCUUAAUCUAUCUGUCUUGUUGAGGCGUCUUGAGGCUGUUGGCUUCCACCAUGACAACUUCCCACGACGUCUUCUAAGACAGAGCAACCAUCGCCAUGAUCGCAGCUUGGUGGGUCUUGCAGAAGUUAGAGACCGAAGCCUACGGUGGCGCAGUCAUUAUCGGCGUUCGGGAUCCUAGGCACCUGGAGGAGACGAGGAGAAUACGAGACGGACCUGCGGUUAAGAAAGUCGCAGAGGGGGGAAAGAAUACGUUUAUAGCGGAGGAAGACAUGGCGACGAUAGCGAAGGUUUUGGCGAAAGGAAGGAUGCCUGUUGGAGAGGAUAUUUGGUCGAGGGAAAGGGGGUAAGUGAUAGUUUCGCUGCACCUGGUACUAGUAGAAUCAACAUUUUUCUAAUUUGAUUGUCUACUAGAGUUUGAGUUUCACUUGUUUCUACAAAACAAAGAUAGAGGCAGCAAAUCCACAUUAUAUGAUUUCUACGGUUUUCAACUAGCGACUUCCAGGUAGUUAUCAAGUCUACAAGUGUGUGCAGAAUUCCUCAGCAGAUAGAGGAACAGGAUGUGCUGGUGAAGCUGUCAACUACUUAUUGAAGCCUUAUUUUCAAGGUGACAUAGACGUCACUGAUCCUGAAGUUACGCCUCUGAAAUUCAUAGGGUCAACGUGUGAGUCUCCUUUUUUCUACAGGAGGAGCGCGUACAGGAGGAGCGCAUACUUCUUCUAGUGCUACAUUCAAAUUUUAGAAGAAUCUACAGUGUAGUUGUAAAGGCUUUCUUCUAGAAAUAUGCAGUGGUAUGAUUGAUGAGAAUAUUCCACGUGGUUUGAUGUGAUGAAGUGUCGACGCAUGAAACGAAUUGGUGUUUUUUUCUCCCGAAAAGGAGUGUUGACCGUGUCGCCCCUUCUAAAAGGCUAAAGGGCAACUGGGCCCGUAGAAAAUUCCUUUGACUCUUCAUAUCCGUAAACAAACAAUUAGCAAGAUGAAGAUCCUUUACAAAGUAAACACGAUCUAACCCGAUGACCAUGACGUGAUAAAGAUCCUCUCACCAGUGAGCGAUCACCUCUUCAUCAGUUGAAGAUCCAGCAAGUCGCGCUUUACCUUGAUCCUUCAAAACAUUCUGAUCCCUAGAAUUGCUCAAUUGAAUUCUGAAUGCUGAUCAUGAUCUAUGCGAUCCCGCUGUGAAGUGCAUUAUCACGUGAUCAACCUCUGAUCCUCGAGUACCCUGAUCCUUGAUCUUGGUUCUGCAGCUCCUUCAUUGAGUCUGAGCAGAAUCCUUCAUUGAGUCCGAUCCUAAGUCAUCUAAGAGAGCUCAGCAAUGGUAACCCCUUUUCCUGAAUCAAAUCUCAUCACAGGUUGGAAUCAAGAAAACUACUUUGUUGUGGACAAAAAAACUACGUACAAGACAACUAUUCGCAAAAUUAUCGCGUCAUAAUUCCUAGUGGAAAUAAAAAGCUUGAAAGAACAAAGCAAAGCAUUAUU